AGAGACAACUUGAGAGAUCAAGGAAGAAGCAAUGGCAAGCGUUAAGGUUUUCGGGUCGCCGGCUUCGACCGAGGUGCAGAGAGUUCUUGCUUGUCUCUUUGAAAAGCAGGUUGAGUUUCAGCUUGUGAAGAUGGAUAGCUUUAGAGGACAGAAGAGAAUGCCUGAGUGUCUUAAGAUGCAGCCUGGUGGCGAAGCUCUCACCUAUCAGGAUCAGGAAAAGGAUGCCCUUGUUGAGUCAAGAGCAAUAUGCCGUCAUGUCGUCGACAAAUUCAAAAAUCAAGGUAACAGAGAACUACUGGGCGAAGGUUCCUUAGAGCGAGCUCUGAUCGAGCAAUGGCUGGAAACAGAAGCCCAGAAAUUCGACCCGCCGAGCUCCGAACUCGUCUUCUACCUCUCCAUCGCCCCAACCCUCCCCGACUAUCUGAACCGCAUCGAAACCCCCUCAUUAGACGAGAGCAAGAAGAAGCUCGAAAAGGUUCUCAAAGUCUACGACCAGAGGCUCGCCGACAACACCUUCCUAGCCGGAAACAAAUUCACGCUCGCCGAUCUCUCUCACCUCCCCAACGCCGAGCUGCUGAUGCAGAUCAAGGAAACGAAGGAGAUUUUCAGUAAGCACGCUAAUGUGAAGCGGUGGUGGGGUCAGAUAUCGAAGAGGGAAUCGUGGCAGAAAGUGCUCGAGAUUGCUAAGCAGGCUCCGCCGAUGGCUUGAUUGGCAGCUCGCUGGUUUGGUAUGUUUCUCUGUCGCGCUCUCUCUCUCGAAUGCCUUUGUUUGUUUGCUUGCUUGCUUGAAUUAAUAAGAGGGAUGGGGGAUUAAUACGAGUUGACGUAUGUUGCCCUCGCCCUGCUUUGUCUUUCUGGUUUUGUUUUCUCGGGUGGAGAGCUUUGUUUUGAAUUUCUGAAGAGGUUUGGAAUAAGGAGAGUGGGAGAAAAACUUUUGUAGUGUUGUGGUGUUAAAUAAAUGUAAACUUGCAAUUAAUCUACUUGAUCGAUUGAUUGUUUACUAA